AUGCUCCGACUUUUCAUUUUUACGAUUUUGAUUCCUACCGUACUCUGUCUUACGAUAUGCCCGACGACGCGGAGAACGACAAGGAAACUGACGACUUCCACAUCAACAACUACGACCACUACGAUGACGACGACAAGUGCAAUAAGUUGCGCCUCAUGCCGUCCGGAGCAGAUUACGGUAGAAAAUUCUACAACUGAGUUUACAAUUCCCUUCGCCUCGGACAUCAUCUCAGUCGAUGACACGACCGGAUGCAAAAUUCGGACCUUCACCUGCACCGGAAUAACUCUGAACGUGGUCAUCAUUUCGGUGAACUUUGAUGACUAUACGCAAGGGGACAUCACCUCGACUUCCGUCUCAUUUCAAUGCAAUGCGGACGGCGUCUGGCAGUAUACGGUCGACCCGAACGAGCCGCUCCUAUCGACAUUCAUCGUGAACUCCGUGCUCUGUGAAGACGUAGGGCCC